AUGCAAUCUGAUAGAAAUCUUCACAGUCAUAAAAGAAGUGGAUCCUCCUCAUCAUCAACAACAUCCACUAGUUCCGGUACAAGUUAUGAAGAUGAAGAAGAAGACAUCAAUUCGAAUAAUACUCGUAUGCAUACCAGUUUAGAAAUUGCUGUACUUCUCUCAUUAUUUCGACAUCGUCAUUCAUUAUCAAAAUCUUGUCUCACCGAUAUGUGUCGUUUAUUACGUCUACUUGGCGUGCCAAAUGUCCCUGUUGAUUAUAGAUCGAUCUAUAAAUUAAUUAAUCCAUGUGGUAAUUCAAUGUUUCAACCGAAACUUACAGUUGUUUGUCCUACAUGCCAUAGAGUCAGUAUGAAUAUGAAAAAAUGUCCGAUAACACAUUGUAACAGUCAUGCCGGUUACGUUCGAGCACCAACUGUGAAUUAUACAUUUAAACUUCGUGAACAAAUUAAAUCUAUUUUAGAACGUGUACCUUUGACAUGUAUUGGAACAAAUGAUGGUCAUAUGACUGAUGUUAUUGAUGGACGUGCGCACGCGCAUAUUCACACAUUGGAAAGAAAACCAUUUAUAACAUUAAUUCUUAAUUCUGAUGGUGUAUUAAUUCAAAAAAUUUCGCGUUCAUUAUGGAUAACUACAAUGGCAAUCAACGAAAUUCCACGUGAUGUUCGUUUUCAAUUGCCAAACAUGGUAAUUGGUAUGGUUUCUUAUGGUUCCCAAAAACCAAAACGAGCGGAAUUUUCUUCAUUGUUAGACAUUCUAGUCGAUGAAUUAGUUGAAUUAGAACAUGGAAUUGAUGUAUGUUUACCAUCACCAGGUGGUGUUCGUUUUGCAUCAAGCCUUAUUAGCACUCACGUUGCUGUUAAUUUACUUGGUGUUGUUUCAGAUAAACCAGCUCAAUCCAUGAUCCAGAACAUGAUUGAUAGUGGAGGGUUUUAUGGAUGUGGGAAAUGCCAAAUAGUUGGUGAAAGUGUACGUGCAGGAAAAGGGCACAUUCGAUGCUUUCCAUUAGAUACAACAAAUCCACCUGAUCUUCGUUCAAACAAAACCUAUGAUCAGGCUAUGAAAAUCUUGACCAAAAAUAAACAACAACGUGCAUGUCGAAAUUCUUUAACAGGUGCUUAUAACGAUGCAGCUAAAGGACAUGUUGGUCCAUGUGCAUUAAGAAGACUUCGUUUUUUUGAUAUGGGACAGUCCUUUUUAAUCGAUUCAUUACAUAACCUGUAUUCAGGUGCUUUUAACCAAUAUCGUAACGCAUUUGCUAUACAAAAAUAA